UCAGCAGAGUUCGCAAAUUGCAAGGUAGCCCGCAAGAAACACUCAGCACCUGCCAAAACUGCACAAGCCAUGGCACAAGUGCUGUGGUUUCUUCUUCCUGCCGCCACCGUCAUAACCCAUCUGGCUUCGGUAGCCGCCGGCGCUGACGACGCGGACUGUCCCGGCAAGUGCGGAGACGUAGACAUUCCCUACCCAUGGGGCAUCGGCGGCAAGUGUUCCUGGCAGGGCAAGUACAGCAUCACUUGCAACCACAGCUUCGAUCCCCCGAGGCCAUACGUGGGCUACAGCGAGGUCUUGGACAUCUCGUUGGAGGCCGGCGAGAUGCGCAUCCUGACCCCUGUGUCGUCCCAAUGCCACAGCCCGGCUGGGAUCACAACAAGUGUCACCUACGAGCACACGGUCAGGCAGUUCCUCAUCUCGACAACACGCAACGAGUUCACGGCUAUCGGUUGCAACACCUUGGCGGUCCUGGAAAGCAACAGCUACUACACUGGCUGCAUCACCUCCUGCGUGAGCCUCGCUGCGGCGGCUCCAGACGGCGACAACUGCACUGGCCUCGGCUGCUGCCAGACGUCCAUCCCCGGCAACCUUACCAACAUCAAGGUCACCUGGGACGAACGCUACAGCAAUGGAAAGGCCUACAAUUACAGCCCCUGUAGCUACGCCUUCGUCGCCGAGAAGCACUGGUAUCAUUUUGAACGGGAUGAUCUUGUUCGAAACAAUAGCUUUGUUCGGAAGUAUGGAAACAAAAAUUUGACAGAAGUCCCUCUAGUACUUGACUGGGCCAUCAGGGUCGAUGGAUCUUGUCCUCCCUCGAAUGUGAAAGAUGGGGCGUUGGAAGAACCGACAGCUUCUGCCUGUCUCAGCACAAAUAGCCACUGUGUCAACGCCUCACAAGGCUUUGGGUACUUAUGCAAUUGCUCCAAGGGAUACAUUGGCAAUCCCUAUGUUACUGGCGGAUGCAAAAAUGUUAAUGAGUGCGAGCUUCGAAAAUCAGAUCCUACCAGGUAUGAAAAACAGUAUCCAUGUAGCAGCGGUAGUACAUGCUAUGACACUCCGGGUGAUUACAAAUGCAAAUGCAAUUUCGGGCGGAGAGGAGAUGGUAAAAGUGACACAGGAUGUCAGCCCAUAUUUCCAGGAUAUGCAAUAGCUGUAGUAGCAACUAUUGUUGUCUCCGUCCUAGCAUGUUUUGUGAUUAUGGAGCUUAAAAAACAAAAGCAGAAGAAAUAUUUUGACCAAAACGGUGGUAAAAUAUUGAAGAGUAUGGGCAUUAACAUCUUCACUGAGGAGCAGCUGAAGAAGAUCACAAACCGCUACAGCACACCAAUCGGAGAAGGCGCCUUUGGAAAGGUCUUCAUGGGGACUAUUGACAAUUCCCAAAGGGUCGCGGUGAAGCGUGCCUCCAUGAAAGGUGAGGUGCUUCCGCAGGACGAGUUCGUGAACGAGAUAACCUUCCAGUUUCGAAUCAACCACACAAACAUGGUGCGCCUGCUUGGGUGCUGCCUUGAGACAGACAUUCCCAUGCUGGUUUUUGAGCUCGUCCCAAAGGGAAGUCUCUACAACGUGCUUCAUGGCAUGGAUGAUCAGCACACACUCUCACUGGCGGAGCGCCUGCGAAUUGCCAUUGGCUCUGCAGAAGCUCUUGCCCACAUGCACUCACAUGCUGGUGACCACAACCAUGUCCAUGGGGACGUGAAGUCUGGCAACAUCCUCCUUGACAAUGAUCUCACACCCAAGGUGUCUGACUUCGGUUCGUCCAAGCUUGUGUCAAUCGCCAGCAUGUACUCCAAGUGGUGCGUGUCAGGGGACAUGAGUUACAUAGACCCAGUAUACAUCAAGUCUGGCCGUUUCACAGAAAAGAGUGAUGUCUACAGCUUCGGCGUGGUGCUCUUGGAGCUCAUCACAAGGAAGACGGCCAAGUACGGUGACAACAGCCUCCCUCUAGACUUCGUCAAAUGCUGCAAAGAGGACGGCAAUGGAAGGAAGUUGUACGACAGAGACGUAAUGAAGUGCGAUGACGCUCAAUCUCAUUGUCACAUGGAGUGCCUCGACAGGAUUGGCAAACUAGCAGUCCGAUGCCUCAAGGAAGAUCGGGAGGAGAGACCAACCAUGGCAGAGGUGGUGGAGGAGCUCAAGGAGGUGAAGUCAAAAGCCUGCGGAGAUGAAAGCACGCUGAUGAAGAAAGAAAAUUGUUAAGCGUGCAUGGCCAUAACUUAAGCUUUGCAAGAGUUCAUCGCUACACUAUCCCUUAUGCACGUGGUGUGUACGUAUGCACGUGGUGUGUAACUUUUAUAUUUUCUUGCGCUAGUUCGAUGGGACUUUUUAAGCUGCUUUGCUGUAAUAAUUGUCAAAUAGGAAUAUGUAUGUGGGUUCUUGCUUUCUCAAAUAUCGAUAUAUAUUAGUUGUGAAAAAUAAUAUGAAUAUUAAUUGUAGCA